AUGGCAGCGGCGGGCGGAGGGGCGGGCGAGCGGCGGUCGGGCCGCCGCAGCCCGGACGGGGCACGGCCCGCGGCCCCGCGGCAGCCCCCCGAGGCCCCCGAGCUCCUCCAGCCUCCCGCCUUCUCCUUCGCGGGGCUCGGGGCGGCGCCCCCUCUGCCUCUGCCUCUGCCUCUGCCCCCGCCCCCGCCCCGCUCCCUCCACCUCCUCUGGCAGCGGGACGAGCUGCGCGGAAAGAUGCCCCCGGCGCGCCUGAAGAGGGCCGCCAGACCCCACCGCACCCUCGGGCCCCUGGGCAAGGACGUCCACGCUCUGAAAAGGUUGAGAGAGGCUGCCAAUGCAAAUGACUUAGAAACAGUGCAGCAGGUCCUGGAGGAUGGGGUGGACCCCUGCGCGGCUGACGAUAAAGGCCGCACGGCCCUACACUUUGCCUCCUGCAACGGCAAUGACCAGAUCGUGCAACUGCUUCUGGAUCACGGGGCCGAUCCAAACCAGAGAGAUGGGCUGGGGAACACGCCGCUACACUUGGCCGCCUGUACCAACCACGUUCCGGUCAUCACCACUCUGCUGAGAGGAGGCUCCCGCGUGGACGCCCUGGAUCGGGCCGGCAGGACCCCGCUACACCUGGCCAAGUCCAAGCUGAACAUCCUCCAGGAGGGACACUCACAGUGCCUGGAGGCCGUGCGGCUGGAGGUCAAACAGAUUAUCCAGAUGUUGCGGGAAUACCUGGACCGCCUGGGGCGGCAUGAGCAACGAGAGAGGCUAGAUGACCUGUGCACCCGCCUCCAGAUGACCAGCACCAAAGAGCAGGUGGAUGAAGUGACAGACCUCCUGGCCAGCUUCACCUCGCUCAGCCUGCAGAUGCAGAAGAUGGAGAAGAGGUAGCCGCAGUCUGAGAGGUCCCUCAUCCAUCUUCCCUGACCUCCCACAGACUCCCCCUCGCCUCCCCCGGCUGGACCUCCUCCCCUCGGGCAGAAAGGAGCAAAGUCUUCCUCAGCUCGAGCCCCUGUUGGGGCUACGUUUGGCUACCGGGGGCUCGUCUCCUCCCCCAGCCUGAGGGAUUUGGCCUGUGGAGGGUCUCCCUCCCCUUUGAUCUCGGCCUUUGCCAGCUCCCCACCAGGGUCUGCCGGUUUGGGGCGGCUGGAACUCUGCCUGGAUUCUUUGGGGCGUCAGUGCUCCCCAGAGGACACGCUGAUUCUGCUGGCCUUGUGCCUGGGGAUGUCCCCAGCAAGCUGACUGCAGGACCAGUGUCCUCUGACAUCACAGACUCUGGCAGCCUCCACGCCCCCCAAAGCAGCGGGGCAGAACCUUGUUCCCGGCAGCAGGGUGCGGGACCAGGGCGUUCCAGGUUAGCUCACUGCCCCUCCACUCCUUCCUUUCAGACUUCCCAGGACAGUGGCAAGUGGAGGUUGAGUAGGGCCGGUAGUUCUGUUCCGUCCCCGACUGCUGCCAGGGCCUGAGGCGUCCUCCUUUCACCGGCCCUUGGCUUUCAACGGGGUUGCAAACAGGUGGUUAGCGGGAAAGCCCAGAACAGGAGACACGGCGUUAGAGCGGGGCCAACUGCUCCAAACCUUUGCUUUCCCAGGCCGGUUGAGGGGGGUUGCUUGGGGAAUUGGUGACACCUAGUAAGGGGCGAGAGUUCCCUGACCUUUUCCUUCAGGGACAGCUCCUAAUAAACUGUCGGGCCCUUGCCGAUGCUGCGUCCUUCCACUGGUGAGAGCCCAGCUAGAGAAAUCUAGAGUCUUGGCCUGCUGCGUGAAGCGGAAGCACCGCAGUGGCCCGCUGGGGGGGGGGGGGGGGGGGGGUGUCUUUUCUCGCCUCAGUGGUCAUCUCCCAGACUUGAGGUACGAGGAAGACCCCAGGCAAGAAAGCAGGGCAGGGGCCGGGCACCCCCUUCUUGCCUUUGUAAAUCAGAUUUGACUGCAAAAGAAACAGACUGCUUUUUCAGGUGAUCAGUCCAUAGCCCGUCCAGCCCCUUCCUCUCCCCUACUCUCUCCCCACAACUCCGAACUGAAAGUUCUCUCAUUCUUUCUCUGGAGACGUGGCCCUCGGAGCCCCAGCGUCUGGCCGGGUGGACCUAGGCGGCCUGGCGUGCGUGUGUCGGGACCACGGUGCUGGGCCUGCCGGGAAAAACUGUCUGUGGCACCUGCGAAGUGGGGGAGGAGGUGGAGUCUGGUUUGGAGAGAAGGUGGGGGAAAUGAGAGCAGGGACUGAGGGGAGCAAUAAAGUGUUUACACAGAA